UAAUGAUAUAUAUGCAUAUAGUAGAAAUGAUAAAUUUCUUUCAACACCAAAGAUUGGUGUUAUUCAAGAUAUUUGCAGCUUUUCAACUCAUAUAUAUUUAUUAAUGAGUGAGGCUAGAAACAUGUGCAGAGUGAAAGUUUAUUAUCAAAAUGGAGAUUUUAAUAGAACAAUUUAUACAUCAAAACCAAAUGAUAAACUUUCGUCUAUUACCGUUUGUAAAUCGGGCUGUCUAAAUUUAAUGGUUGGUGACUUGACGAAUAAUCGAAUAAUGAAAACAAACGACCUCGAUGAAGGAAAAGAAUGGUCUGAAUUUAUAAAUGUUGAAAAACCUAUAUUAAUUAGUGAUAUGAAAUUUUACAAUGGUUAUUUAAUUGUUGGAACUGAUAGUUGUAUCCAAUUAUACGAUAUCCGGGGGAAAUUGAUUUGGACCAAUAAAACCUUUACUGCGUCUAAAGUAGCUUGUUUAUUUAAUGGAACUAUAGUCUUUAUUGAUUCUAAAGACGGAAUUAUAAAAUUGUUAAAUGGUAAAGACGGCGAAAUUCUCAAGUGUUUUCCAUCACUGAAAGGUAAUGAUUCGAUUACUUGUUUCUCAAAUAAUCAAUUCUUAACGACCUAUGCCGAAAAAAAUCAAGUAGUUAUUUACGAUAAAGAUGGUAAUCAUUGCGGUACUUUACAAAUAUGGCUUCCAGAGACAAUUGAGUAUAAAAAUGCAAAGUAUCCCAUUAUGGCUGCUCACAUAGGAACAAAACUGUACAUAACUUGCUAUUGCAAAAAAGACGGUGCUAUGGCUGAAAAAGGUGGCUUAUUUCUAUUUGAAUCUCUCCAAUAAAUGAAUAAUGCAAGAAUACAAUAAUUGAUUUAUAAACUAUAGUUUUAUUAUCACUAAUCUAUAUAAUUAUAUGGUAAAUACAAUAUAAUAUACAAGUAUUAUAUAAGAACUCUAUGAAUGGCUUUUCAAAGAAGAAAGCCUCCUUAUUUAAUAUAAUAAAAAGACUACUUGAAUAAAUAUAGUAAAUUUAAUUUGCGUCUGAAAUUAAGAUAGUUUUGUCCAUGUUCUUUUAAACUAUAUUCAAUUACAUUUUCUUUGAACCGAAACACUACUCCCACCUAGUUGAAGAAAUUUGUUUUUUUUAUCAAAUUGCAUUCCUAUCUAUCAUUUACAUUCGUAUUAAAAUCAAUUGAAAAAGUAAUUAAUUUCUUAUUUAAAUAAUACUUUUCUAUUUUUAAUUUAAAAGAGAAAAAUAGGAAAUUAUUUAAAACUAAAAAAUGUCAAAAAUGAAUCUGAGCAAAAGUAAGAAGAAAUGGAAAAAGAGAGUUGUAUUUCAUUAAUAUUUUAGGCUUCCUCCUACACAUUAACUUAAAUAAAACAAAUUUUUUAUUCCAAUUGCUACUGUGUAUUAAGUCUAAAAUAUUUGCUACUUUCUUUUAAUCUCUAUCUCCUCCUAACUCUCUCCUCCUCCAUCUCCCAUUCUAGAUAAAAUCCAAAUAGAGUAUAGCUAUUAUUAUUUUGUUUGUAUGAUAUUCCUCCUCCCCGACACACUACUCAUUUUCUUUAAACCCGAUAAAUCCCUCUCUCAGAGGAUAUAUCUAAUCUAUGAGCUGCAUUAUAAAACUUGAUAUAAAAAGAAUCAUACUGGGAAUAGAAAUUAGAACUCUUUCCGCUCCACUAGAUGUAGAACCAUAAUAUUUCUUUAAAAAUUCAACGGUAACACUGGCAACGUCCUCCGCAUAUCUAGAAAUAUAGGUGAGAUUCCUUCUAUAAGCGAAGGGUGUUUCCACUUGUAUGGCAUCGAUAUUUCCACCUUUCAUCGAACCGUGUUCCAUUGUUAUAUAAUAAGCAGGAAAAUAAUUGCCUGAACCAGGCUUCUUAUAAGAAGGACUUGGUACAACUUUAUAGCCUUUAGAUUCCAACAAACCACCAUAACUUUCAUUGCCGUAAAUCAAUUCAUUAAAUUUGGUUUCCGGAAAUCUUUUAGACAUGGUAUAAAUCGAUGACUUAUCAGAUUGCAAUUGAUCUGAAUUUAUUUCAGAAAUUUUGGCAAAAUAUGAUAAUUCGAUCCACUUUUCUAUAUGACUCUGACCGUGAAUAUCUAAAAGAAGGCCUUUCUUAAUUUCGUUUUUGGCCUCUUUAAUAUAGUUUUGAAAAUCAUUCCAAGCUUUAAUAGCUUCUGGAUCGAAAAGUGUAGCUUCCGGUUUAUCUCUAUUCGGAUCUAACUUGUUUCUCUUCAAUUCAGUUUGAAUAAUAUAGGGAUAUUUUCCGGUUAUGUCUUUCAGUUUCUCGGAAAUAGUAUCAGCUAGUAACUGAACGUUAUAGUCUGAUUCAACAAGAGGAGUGCAGUUGCUAGUCGGUUGAUGGCAAUCAGUCUUCCAUGUGCAUUGUCCUUCGGAAUUUGCGCAGGCAAUAGUUCUAUCUGAAAAGAGAAGGAUUAUCAUUAAUAAUAGUAAUAAUGCAUAAACUUAAAGAUAUGCUAUGGUAUUACCCUUAAUUGACGAAGGUUUCAUAGAACCACCAUGAGGAACAGUAAGGAUAACAUUCAAAGUUCCAGUUUUAUACGUUGUAUAAUUCUGAUAGCCUUGAAAGAUCUUUCUACAAUCUCCAUAUCCAUAGAAGAAAGCCAAGAAGAUGGAUAAAUUUAUAAUUUUCAAUUUUUUUGCAGUCAUGUUUCUGUAUUUAUUGGCAAAAAAAAGUGUAUUAGUUAAAUAAACUGUGAAACUAGUUGUUACUUGACUAAUAAUAUUUCACAGGUUAUUUUAAUGGUAACAAACUUUCAGAUUUCUACUAAAAGUAUUGAUAGUUGAAAAUUAAUACUCUACCGAGUAUUAAGUACAACCUAUAUAUAGAAAACUUGUUGAAAAUUGGUAAUACAAGUACCAUUUGGGCAAAUAACAGUUUUAAAUUAAAUUUAAAAUAAUAUACAGAUACUUAAAUAAGAAGAUAAACUUUCUAGAUAGAUUUACGGUGUAAUUAUACAGUAUGUACAUAUAUAUAUAUACUGUAUAUACUGUAUAUAGUGUAUAUAUAAAAGAUAUUCAUAGAAAUCAUUACAUAGUCCUACCUGGAUCUUUCGUAAUUUUACAGUAUAACGUCUACGAACUUUCGUAAGAAAGAUCAAUAGAUUUAUAUAUUAUUUAGUACACUAUAGCUUUAUAUAUUAUAUAUAGCUUUUACCUACACUGAUAUUUGAUCAUUCAGAGCAUAUGUAAAACCCAAAGAAGAUUUUGAACUAUAUUUUUGAGCAUUCUAGGUGGUUCCUUUGGCAAAUUGUCUAAAACACAUUUUGAUGUCAGACAUCCAAUAUUGUAUAAUUGUCAAUAAAGUUACUAUAAUAGUACAAUAAAUGAAAGAAAAUUGUAUAAAUAAAGUUAAUAAUAAGUUAAUGUUUUCUGCUCUGAUUCUCUUUACAGGAAUAUAUCAAUGCUAUGGAUUAUCGGAAACGGUUCGAGAGGGGAGAAAACUACAAGUAACGUGUCCCGAUGAUAACCUUUUAGUGAUUGUCAGUGGAUAUUAUGGAAAAAAAAACUGUGGGAAAUAUAUUACGGAAAAACUUAAAACGUUUCAAGAAAAGUCUCAGCUUGUUGUAAAAGCUACGAAUUCAAAUUUUGGGGAUACUUGCCCUGGCAAGGUGAAGAUGUUAUCGGUAACAUAUGAAUGUAAAUUGAAAGUCCUCAAAGCGGUUUAUUCCCAUCUAUUAAAGAAUCCAACAAGAAAACUAACUGAUAUUUCAUUACAUAAAUGUAUCAAUGCGCUAAAAGAGAACAAUUGUGCUGUUUUAUCUUAUCAAUUAAAUAGUUUAUGCUUAUUGCAAUGUAAUAGUCAAAAUGAACCAAUUUUUAUGACAGUUCAGAAUACUUUUAGUAUUUUAGAAUAUGGUCACACUAAACUUGAUUACUGCUAAUUUAGCUUGUUUUUUAAAGUUCAUAUUUCAAUUGAAUCUUACUUUAAUUGUUUUGUGACAAGUGAUAAAUGAUUGAAUAUAUUGAAAUGGAAAACAACAUCUAGUUGAAUAAUGUGAAAACCUGUUGCUAUUAUAGCAC